AGCAGCAGCAGCAGCAGCAGCAGUUGUUUCCGUGUUUUGAGCUGACUCUGAAGUCUGACUCCAGAUCAGAUUCAGAGAGCAGACAUGCUGCAGAUGGGCAGCAGAUGGAGACAAACAGUAACAAAAGGAGGACUGGUACCCUCAGGGUGCUGCCCUGCUCCAUCAUCACAGUGGCUGAGCAAGUGAAGAAAUCAUGAAUCAUCAGUGAGGGCCUUAAGUGAAGCUUAGAUUGUUUAUUAACGCCACAUCACGAGUGAUUUCUCUGUUUGCCCUGUCGCACUCAGUCGCCCACUCAGCACAGCUGAUAUCCGGGUGAAUUAUCUGAAUUGUUUAUAUCAGCGUUGUUGAGCUGGUGGCCUCGUUUUGAUGUUGGUGACAUUAGCUAGCUGAGCCUACCAAGCUGAGUUAAACUUGUAAACACUUUUUUUGUGAAAGAUGGCUGACAACGGAGCACACCAGACCGAAGAGGACCCCGCUGCCGCUUUCCUGGCCCAACAGGAGAGCGAGAUAGCGGGGAUAGAGAACGACGGCGAGGGUUUUGGGGCGCUGGAAGGAGCGGACGACCAGCAGUCGCCCGAGCCGGAGCCGGUCAACUACGACGCUUUCGGAGAGGAGCCAGCCACGGUGAAUGGGGACAUGUUCCAGGAGUCCAAUGGCCCAACAGACAACUAUGCAGCCAUCGCCCAGGUGGACAUUCAGAGGCAAGAGCCGGAGAGUCUACGCAAGUGGAGGGAGGAGCAGAAGACACGCCUUGAGGCAUUAGACUCAGCAUCCAAGGCGGCGGAGGCAGAGUGGAGAGAGAAAGCCAAAAAGGAGCUGGAGGAUUGGCAUGUACACCAGAGCGAGCAGAUGGAGAAGAACAAGGCCAACAACAGGAUUGCUGACAAGGCUUUCUACAAACAGCCCAACUCUGAUGUUAUAGGCUUUGUAGCAUCAGAGGAGGCCUUCCUGGCAGAGACCGACGGCGACAGUCCAGGAACCGAAUGGGAGAGGGUAGCCCGCCUCUGUGACUUCAAUCCGAAAACCAACAAACAGGCAAAGGAUGUUUCUCGAAUGCGCUCCGUCCUCAUCUCCCUCAAACAGACACCCCUUGUUCGCUAGAGGAAGGUCGCAGGAAGAAUAUUUGCCUCUUCAGUUUUAACCUCACAUUGCAUCUUUAAGAGUUUUUAUGCCCUUUUCCAUAAAAUUCCUGGUACAUUUAUAACCUUUGGAAACUUCCUUGAUGCCUACUGUAUUGAAUUAAUAUACUUAAACCCACUCUCUCGUGAGAAGAUGAAGGACUACUCUAUUGUUACAACACCCUUGAGAAGGUCAGUUUUAUCACUGCUACACUUAAAAGAAAAUAUUGUUACUGUAAGUUAAAAACAUUUUCCUUCCCUUUUAACUUUUAAAUUGUUACUAGGUUAUCUUUACUGCAUGCCUCUGCCAAUAUUUUGAAUGCACAAUUUAUAGUUGUUUUAUAAAUUUGCAUUUUGGUCGAUGUCAAACACUUACUUAUUAAGCACUGUUGGAUAUUAGAUUGUAACCACUUAUGCCUCUCAUCAGUGUAGAUUUAUGAACACAGUCUUUGUUCACAUUUGAUGUAUGAUAUCCCUAAUACCAUAUUUAAUGUAGCUGUCAUAUUUUUCUCUUUCAAAUGCCUAAGCUUGUGGCCUUUUUGAUGUAGCUCUUACUUGAGUAUUCAGCCAGAUGGAUUUCCUCUUCAAUUAGGCUCAGUUUCAGCAAAAAAAAAAAAAUACAAAUCACAACCAAAGAUCUCUGCAAUCAGCUAAAUUUUCGCACGAUCAACAGCUCGUGCCAUUUUUCUCAUUUCACUGAUUUUUCUCCACAGAAGUUUUAUGCGCCACUUUUUGGGUUACACCAAUAUGUUUUUAAAGAUUUUUUUAAACAACAGUCAGAAAGGUGUCAAUUUCAACAACAAUGUCUGCACAUUGUUUCACAUGUUGCCUAUUUGGACAUUAUGAAUACUGAACAAAAAGUGAAUGUCAAAAGGGAAGUGGAAAAUAAAAACAGCGGAGUGUGAUCACCUGAA